GCGAGACAGACACCGCUGGCAUCGGACGGGAGGGGAACUGAGAACCUCUUAUAUGCAGAGAAGGCUGCUGCUGCCAUUUCCACUCACGCUCGCCGCACUCCCCGCUUACGGAUCGGGGAGGGGGGAGUGGAAGGAGGGGGGGAAGAGGGAGAGGGAGGCUACAGAGUCUGACUGAGCUGAGGCUGAGCUUGGCUGCCAAGACUCACACACUGCCCGCUGCUGCUGCUGCUGCUGCUGUUUCUACUCUGGACAAGUGAGGAGAGGGGGAAGAAAAGGGAGACGGCAACUGGUGCUUGAGAGACAGGAAAGCCCCAGAGAAAGCAAGAAAAAGAGGCGCCCCCCUUCUCCCUCGAGACUUUCAUGGCGCAAGGAAAAAGACUGAAGCUGAAGGAAGUGUGAGGGGAGGAGGGGAGGUUUUUUUUUUUUUUAACUUUCAGCGCCUCGAAGAGAAUUGGGAAACGUGGAGGAGGUUCCGCCUCUCAAGCUCAAGCCCCUCAGGAGGUUCAAUGCACUAUACCAAGCUCUUUCUGGUUUCCUUCUUAAGGUAACUUUUUGGAAGGCUUGCGGCUGCCGUAGCUGGUGAAGGUGCCUGGAGGUGAGCGGGGAACCUCGAAAGAAGCAAAGGAAGGAGACAGAAAGAGAGCGAAGAAGUUUCUUUUGGGAGGGAAUUUGGGGAGGUUUCCCCCCCCCCUUCGUUUUCGUGUGUUUGUUUUGUUGUUGCUUUGCGGAAAGGAGCCAAGAAGAUGGGCUGGAAGAGCGGCUGCCGCUGCUGGGGAGUCCGGAGCGGAGGGGACUUUCUGUGCCUGCUCACCCUCUUGCUGGGGUUCUUGCUACCCGCCUGCAGGACUCGCUUGUACACCAACCACUGGGCUGUGAGGAUAACUGGCGGGUUCCAGGAAGCCAACAGGAUAGCUAGCAAGUACGGAUACAUCAAUAUAGGACAGAUUGGAGCACUGAAGGAUUACUACCACUUCUACCACAGUAAAACAAUUAAAAGGUCAGUUCUCUCAAGUAGAGGUACUCACAGCUUCAUUUCAAUGGAACCAAAGGUGGAAUGGAUAGAACAGCAGGUUGUAAAAAUAAGGAUAAAGAGGGAUUACAAACCUGGUGGCAUCCAGUCUAUGCUUUUUAAUGAUCCCAAGUGGCAAAGUAUGUGGUACAUGCACUGCAGUGAUAAUACAAACCUCUGUCAGUCAGAUAUGAAUAUUGUAGGUGCUUGGAGGAGAGGCUAUACUGGGAAGAACAUUGUAAUCACCAUCUUGGAUGAUGGCAUUGAAAGAAACCAUCCAGACUUGAUGCAGAAUUAUGACCCAGAUGCCAGUUUUGAUGUCAAUGGUAAUGAUAUUGACCCCAUGCCUCGUUAUGAUGCCAGCAAUGAAAACAAGCAUGGAACCCGUUGUGCUGGAGAAGUAGCAGCUACUGCAAACAACUCGCACUGUAUAGUGGGAAUUGCAUUUAAUGCCAGAAUUGGAGGAGUACGAAUGCUAGAUGGUGAUGUUACAGACAUGGUAGAAGCAAAAUCACUUAGCCUCAAUCCCCAGCAUAUACACAUCUACAGUGCCAGCUGGGGUCCUGAUGAUGAUGGAAAGACAGUAGAUGGACCUGCUUCUUUAACACGCCAAGCCUUUGAGAAUGGUGUCAGAACGGGGCGGAACAACUUGGGUUCCAUUUAUGUUUGGGCUUCUGGAAAUGGUGGAAGGAGUAAGGAUCAUUGUUCCUGUGAUGGCUACACCAACAGCAUCUACACUAUCUCUAUCAGCAGCACAGCUGAAAGUGGGAGGAAACCUUGGUAUCUAGAAGAAUGUGCAUCUACACUAGCCACAACUUACAGCAGUGGAGAAUCCUAUGACAGGAAAAUAAUCACUACAGACCUGAGGCAGCGCUGUACAGACAGCCACACAGGAACAUCGGCAUCUGCACCUAUGGCCGCAGGAAUCAUUGCACUGGCACUGGAAGCAAAUCAAUUACUGACAUGGAGAGAUAUACAGCAUAUCAUCGUAAGGACUUCACGGGCAGGACAUCUGAUUGCUAAUGACUGGAAAACCAAUGGUGCUGGUUACAAGGUUAGCCACCUAUAUGGAUUUGGACUGAUGGAUGCUGAAGCCAUGGUGACAGAAGCAGAAAAGUGGACAACAGUUCCUCCACAGCAUGUGUGUGUCGAAAACACAGAUCGGCAAAUCAAAACAAUACGACCAGAUAAUAUUCGUAAUGGACCAGAUAAUGGUGUUCGCUCAAUAUACAAAGCCACAGGCUGCGCAGAUAAUGCCAAUCACCAUGUAAUCUACUUGGAACAUAUUGUUGUGCGCAUCACUAUCACACAUCCUCGGAGGGGUGACUUGGCAAUUUAUUUAACUUCUCCUUCUGGAACAAGAUCUCAGCUAUUGGCUAACAGGCUGUUUGACCAUUCCAUGGAAGGAUUUAAAAGCUGGGAGUUCAUGACUACUCAUUGCUGGGGUGAAAAAGCAGCUGGUGACUGGAUUUUGGAAAUUUAUGAUACCCCAUCACAACUGAGAAAUGUCAAGACUCCAGGUAAAUUAAAAGAGUGGUCCUUAGUACUUUAUGGUACUUCCAUUCAGCCUUAUUCCCCAAGAAAUGAUUUUCCAAAAGCCGAACGAGUACGCUCAAGUCCAAUAGAAGACCCUACAGAAGAUUAUGGGGCGGAUGACUAUGCAGGUCCAUGCAAUGCAGAGUGCAGUAAAGUAGGAUGUGGUGGGCCAGGACCAGACCAUUGCAAUGACUGUCUACAUUACUACUACAAAUCUAAAAACAAUACACGAAUCUGUGUUCCCAACUGUCCUCCUGGUCACUACAGUGCAGAUAAGAAGCGUUGCAAAAAAUGCUCACCCAACUGUGAAACAUGUUUUGGAAGCCACAAUGACCAAUGUAAUACUUGUAAACCUGGUUACUAUAUCAAUGAAGAGUCUAGGAGUUGUGUUACCAGCUGCCCAGAUGGAUUUUACCUGGAUAAUAAUAAGAUUGCAUGCCGCAAAUGCAGUGAAAACUGUAAGACAUGCACUGAAUUUCAAACCUGCACAGAAUGCAAGCAUGGCCUAAGUUUACAAGGAUCCAGAUGUGUUAUUCGCUGUGAAGAAGGAAAAUAUUAUAAUGGCAGGGACUGUGAGCCAUGCCAUCAUUCCUGUGCUUCUUGUGCAGGUCCAGGAGCAGAUGCUUGCAUAAAUUGCACAGAAGACUAUCUAAUGGAGAACGGAAGAUGUGUGCUGGCUUGUAACAAUGGCUACUACUUUGAUCACUCUUUAGAAAAUGGAUACAAAACUUGCAGAAGAUGUGAUGCCAGCUGUUUUGGAUGCAGUGGCCCAGGAGAUAGAAACUGUACAAGUUGUCCAAACGGCUACAUCUUAGAUACAGGACUCUGCGUGGUUGGUGUAGUCUGUAAAGAUGGGGAAUAUAUCGAUCCUCUUGGUCACUGUCAGUUCUGUGAUGAUUCCUGUCAUAAGUGCACAGGACCAACAUCAGAGGACUGCACUGGCUGUAUAUCCACAAGAUUUUUGGAUGAUGGAAGCUGUGUUCUUCAGUGCCCUAAAGGAACAUUUGAAUUUAACGCUCAGUGUUAUUCGUGCCAUCAGGCCUGCAUGGAAUGCAAUGGAAGCAGACCCAACCAGUGCACUGCUUGCGGGAAAGAUGAGAAAGGCAACACAUACUUCCUAUAUCUGGGAGAGUGCAGAGAAAAUUGCCCACUUGGCUACUACCCUUUAGAGGAAGACGGUACCUGCUUGCCCUGCUUUGAGCACUGUGAAGUCUGCCCUGAUCAAACCAAGUGCAAAAGAUGUUUUGACGGAUACCACCUGGCUGAUAAUAGUUGCCAGGAGCACAAAUGUAAAAAAGGUGAAAUAGAAGACUAUGACUCGGAAGACUGCAUUCCUUGUGCAGAUGGAUGCCUGUCCUGCAGCCCAGAUGACCCGAGAGCCUGUACAUCGUGCAUUCCUAAUUAUUACAUGUACAAUCAGCAAUGCCAUAGAACUUGUCCUCAGAACACCUACAAUGACGAAAAUUCUCUUCUUUGCAUAGAGUGUCAACUAAAUUGCAGAAGCUGUGACAAAUAUGAGUGUUAUUGGUGUAAAGAAGACUUUUUUCUUCUAGAUGGGAAAUGUGUCAGUGAUUGUUCAGCUGGUUACUACAGUGAUGAGGUCACGGAAGAAUGUGAGCCAUGCCACAGGACCUGUGCAACAUGCAAAGGGUUCAACUACUAUGACUGUACUAGCUGCAAAGGAAUUUUACAACUACUCCAUGGAAAGUGUGUCAAUCCCAAAAGGAAGCAAGCAAAUGGAAAAUUCUGGAAUAACAGACUGAAGCUGCACACCUCAAAUGACUUGAGCUCUGCAAACCUGAAAGACCACAUCUUCCCUUAUGUCCCAUCGCGAUCCUUACGGUCAGCCGAGAACGAUCUCUUGUUGGUACCAUCUGUGCACCAAAUCCAGAUGGAAAGGGCACUUAAAGAGGCGUUCUCGGUGGCUGCUCCACAGUUGUGGAGACCCCUUCCCCUGGAGGUUCGCCAAAACACAAUGAUCCGGAAGCGAUCAACAACUACUCAGUGUGACCCUUCAUGCCAAACCUGUGAGAAAACUGCCAGCACUUGUACUUCUUGUCCACAAGGGAGCUUUCUUUUUGGUGAGUCCUGUAUCCAUAAUUGCCCUCGAGGAACUUUUGGAAACAUGAGGACAAAACAUUGCGAGUGUCUCUCCGAUUCAGACGUUCCAUACUAUUUGCACAGAGGCAAAUGCUUGCAGGAGUGCCCCAAGGGCUUUUUUGCUAAAGUUGGGGCUUGCAGAACGUGCCACAAACCCUGCAGCACAUGUGAAGGAAAUGCCACCAGCUGUCUGUCCUGUGACAGUCCAUUGCUCCUCGAGCAAACAGAAUGUAAACUUUCUUGCUCAGAGAACCACUUUGCUGAUCACGGAGUUUGUAGAGAUUGCCCUGAGAUGUGUCAGGAAUGCAUUCUUGAGAGCUUGUGUAAAGUGUGCAUUCCACCCUUUCACCUACACAAUGGGAAAUGUUUGCGUGAUUGCCCUUCUGGCUUCUUUGCUGACUCUAGUCGCUGUUUUCCCUGUCAUGAAGACUGUAGAGAAUGCGAUGGGCCAGAUUCUGAUUACUGCACUGAUUGUCCUAGUUCCUCUUUGGUCCUAUACAAUGGCAAAUGCAUUUCAAAAUGUCCAGAUGGCACUUAUCACGAAGAAGAGACUGGCGUCUGUGAAGCCUGUGACAGGGCAUGUCAGACUUGUUCAUCUUCCACUGAUUGCCUUACCUGUGAAGAAGGUUUGUUGAUGACUGAUUCAGGCCUGUGUGAGAUGCCGCAGGAUUGCUCCACCACUGAGUACUAUGAUGGAUACACCAAAAUGUGUAGUCCUUGUCACAGGAAGUGUUUGGAUUGUAAAGGCCCUGCUGAAGAUCAGUGUCUCAGCUGUCCAAAGAAAUUGCAUCUUCUCAAUGCAGCCUGUGUUGAAGUUUGUCCUGAUGGACAUUAUAUGGACAUGGAUGAAGGCCGAUGCUUUACUUGCCAUAGGACCUGUGAGACUUGCUAUGGGAAACACAGCAGGCAGUGCCUCUCCUGCCCAGCAGGCUGGUACAAACAAGAAAAUGGAUGUGUACCAAUUUGUACAGCUGGGUACUAUGCAAACAAUAUUACUGGCUCUUGUGAGAGAUGUCACGAACAUUGCAAAGAGUGUAUGGGACCAGAAUCUAAAGACUGUCUGUCCUGUGAUGAAAAUUUCUUCCUGCUGCACUCCAACAAUGAAUGUCUCAUCUCCUGCCCUGAAUAUUACUAUGCUGACCGUGAAACACUCACCUGUGAAAGGUGCCAUCCAACCUGCCAUUAUUGCAGUGGGAAGGGACCACACUUCUGCACGUCGUGUGUGUCGAGUUAUCGUAUGGCUGCUGGAAUCUGCUUCUCAGAAUGCCUGCUAGGAAACUACAAAGCCUCAGAGGAGGAGCCGACAAGAUGUGAAAAAUGCCACAACACUUGCAUGCAAUGUAAGGGACCAGGUCCCUUCAACUGCACUGAGUGUCAUCUUCACAUGGGACUCUAUCUGGAUGAGAAUCGUUGUGUGCCAUGCUGUAAGAGUCCUGGACUUGUGCAAACUGAGCAAUGUUGUAACUGCAGUGACAUGCAAGAUGAAUGUAUAUUACGCAUUGCCAACUUGCCACAGGAAGCGAAAGGCAAAGCUGCAGCUUUGGUUGUUGCCUUACUCAUUUUAUUGCUCCUUGCUACCGGAGCCCUUGUUUUCAUAUGGAGAAGAUUACGAGCCAAGCCCAAGCCUGUUAACCAAGGUGGAUAUGAGAAGCUGGCAGAUCAUGGAAAGGCACUCACCUCUCUCAAAAGUAACCACUACCAGGGCACCAGUUAUCAUGAAGAUCAAAUAAUUGAAUACAAGGACAGGGAUGAAGAUGAUGAUGAUGAUGACGAUGACAUUGUAUAUAUGGGCCAAGAUGGCACAGUCUAUCGCAAAUUUAAAUAUGGACUUCUGGAUGAUGAUGAAGUAGAUGAACUGGAGUAUGAUGAUGAAAGUUAUUCCUUUAGAUAACCUUUAGUCAGUGCAUAUGUCAUGUGUCUUUAGUCCACAGGUUAGUAAAUUAGUGGAAGAUGGUGGUGUAUAAGCUCAGACUCUCACCUGAAUGAUACAGACAACCAUUUACAAUAGAUAUAUCUGCAUCCAAUGGGGGGGAAAGUCCUUAUCACAUUGCAGAAGGAGGCAUCCAGCUUAUCAAGUAAUUGUGCGUACACCAUAGUAAGUUACCACUGUUUCAAACAUAGUUUAAAUAUAAUUGCGUCCUCCUAUUCACUGGUUGUUAUAUCGGUCACAAAUGUCAUGAUGCAUUUCUAGUACACAAAGCACUUCAGCUGAAUGUGAAGCGUACAGUCCUCUUUAAUUAAGAAAACCACCACUCUCCAAACAUUGACAAAAUGAGAUGGUCUGUUCUUGGUUUGACAUGGCUUUAUUCACUUUGCCGGUAGUUGUCUUAUCUUGUGUGACAUAGUGACACUAUGCUAAAAAGAGUUGGAACAUCUCAUUACAAGAGCUCUAUGUACAGCUAGAAAAUCGGUAACCCCAUACACACAUACAGUGGCCAUUAGAAAUAUGCAGGUUUGACUGCAAUGCAAGGCCCACCUAUAGCCUUCAUUUUUUGUUUUCACCGUUUUGUUGGUAAUAUUUGGGUAUAGAUUCAAUAUUGUGUAGGGCCUAUAUAGCCCUACAUAACUGUGGGCAUGAUUUGACAUGGCAUCAACAGACAUGACAGGAAUUCCCAUUCCUCUCCUUCUAUUGCUGCCUCCAAUGCUCUGCAAAUCUGCUUUGGAAGGCCCCCCCUUUCUUUGGGGCAAGGGGGAGGAUAGGAAUGGGAAGUCGCAUCUGUGCAAGCAAGGACUGUUGAACCAGCAGAACAUCAUAAUUGGGUAUCACCCUGUGAUUCUAUCUUUUGGGUAAUUUUACAUGCGGCAAAGAAAUCUCAUUAAUGCAGAUAUGUACAAAUGUACUAGAGAGAGACCUGGGGAGAGUUCACUUCACACAUGAAUCUUCAUAAUUUCAUGACCACAGACAGAGCUUUCAGGUCAUUCCAUGCUAUUUCAUUUUUAAUGGGGAUGAAGCAGAACACAUUCAUCUGAGUCAUCAAGCAAUUACAUAUUGCACAUGUGUGUUAAUCAUGCCAUUAGCCCCAAAUAUCUUGCCAAUCUGUUAUAUACUGUAGUUAUUAAGAGAGGGGUGGUUGUAUUUAAAUAGUUAACCUUAUUGGAAUGAGGCUUCAUGAUAUUUCUAUGUGGAUUAUAGUUUGCACACCAAAAUUCAUUUUGUGAUGGGUUUUUUCUCUCUCCCCCUCAUUUGCAUUUUCCGUAUAUAUUAUCA